UCGGCCGAGUGAGUGAUGUGAUCAUCUAUCCAAAUCUAAUACCUUCUUUUGCAAAAAUAACCACCUCUGACUAUUCAACAACCUAUUCCUCGGGCCUGUAGGGGAUGUGUACUUAUUGCUACUCGUACUUUUGCAAGCGGUAGUAAUCAAAAUACCAGCCAAGUGAUAUCUUCUUCAGCACUGCUCAUCACCACCCUGUGACAAGCAACAAACCGAACCAUCGUCAUUAUCAUUUAGUAUCAUCAGCAUCACACCAGACCAGAAGACCGUGGAAUGGAUAGCUGAUAAUACGUUGUGUUGAGACUGAAUUGCGAAAAUUAAAUAAACUCCUCAAACCUUUAGCAGACGAGCCAAAAGUGCAACAAUAUUUUAUAUUGUUGAAUUAAGAUUCUACAACUUCCACAAAUUUUUUUGAAAUUGUGGGGUCGAAGCAAGACUGGACGACAUCAAUACAAGUUUAUUGAGAAAACAAUUUAGAAAACAAACAUCUGUUCAAGAUGCUACCAAUAGGAUCUUUCGAAAUCAUGUAUGUAGUAGCGAGUCGGUGAAACAACAAUGAACUUUAGUAAUUCUGAUUAAUAAGUGAUGAGUAAAGUGGAAAUAGACAAACCGGAGGCCGUUAUAGUGGAUUGUUUGGUGUACUUUGUGCGUUCCACAAUCAAAAAUAUUAAUACGUAGUUUUGUGCGAGUGUUUCGAGGAAUUGUGAGGUGAUUAUAAAAAGGAUGGUUUUAAGGACGGAAUGAUACAUAAUGACGAUCAGGAUAGCCUUCAUGCGAGAAAGAAGGUGGCGGAUUGACCAGCAGCCCAUCUUGUGCUACCACUUGCUCUGGGCGACGACGGUUUAAUAGAGGAAGAUCAGACUAAAAAUGAUGGAAAAUGGAUGAGAAUGGAGCCUGAUGGAACCCUAUGCAUAUAUGAAAUCGGGAGGAAAUUAGCUAUUAGAAACAUUGUAUAAAACUAAGCAAGGUAUUUCCUGGACACAAUAUUGGUAGUUGUGAUCAUCAGUUGAGUGAAUUUGAACUUUUUGGGAGAAAGGCCUCCCUCCCAAAAACAAGGAAUACGACGGGACUCGACGAUCGCCUCUCGUUUUGCAGCAUCAGCAUCACCACCGGUUGAUUGUUUUCAAUAUAUAUUCGUGCUGUUAUCAAUCCGCAUAUAGCAAACCAAAAACACCACCAGACAACAAACAAAGUCAGUCAAUCAAUGGGUCACUCGUCAUAAAGAUAACAAGAGUUUGAUAAGUGAUAACGAUAUUAAAGGAUACCUGUGUGAAUGAAUGAAUACCAAAGAAAACACACAAGAGACAAUUGAAGCUAAAAUCUUUACUUAAAUUUACGUUUCUCUACAAGUAAUUGUAUUCGGUUGGGCAUUAUUGUGGACUUUUACUACAUUGACCUUACGCACGUUGCAGUAUUGUGACCUUCAAAAGUCCAUACCAGCCCAUUUACCGAUUUCUUUAGUAAAUGAAUAUAAAGUAUUUAGUGAGGCGAAUCUUGAAAACAACAUGAAUGAAUGACUAAUUCUGAUGACAACUACGUCAUUUAAAUCCGAAGACUGAACUUUAAUUUCAUACAAAACAAGACCAUCAUCUAAUUUGAUAAAAUCUCACUACACAUGAACUUGGACUCGUCACUUUGAAGCAAACAGUUGUGACACUCCUGCAAUAAUUACUAUAAUCGAAAUCAUUCAACUAUCAUUUAACGUGUGCCCUUUUUCGAUUGUUGUGACACAGUAGAAUGUGUAUGAUUUCUCAAACUACGGAAUAAUGAAGUGGAGCGUUACAUUUGUAACGUCACUGGCCAUUGUUUGGUCUGUGGGGUUCAGCUACACCAUAGAACACCAACAGAAACUGCCGCACAAUGAAAAAAUAUGUCAACGUGUCAGCAUAUGGGAGUGGGAACACUUUGACAUGCUACGUGGCUGCAGUGUCAUUGAGGGAUCACUUCAAAUUAAUAUGGUUUUUAUUAACCCAAGUGCAGAUUUCAGACAAAACAUCACUUUUCCCGAGUUGAGAGAAAUUACCGGAUUUCUCAUGGCAUUUAGCACGCCAAAAAUAAUUUCACUGAAGACAUUAUUCCCAAACCUGGCCGUAAUCCGAGGACAAGAACUGAUAGAAAAUUACGCCCUCUUAAUAUACAAGAUGCCAGGAAUGCAAGAAAUUGGAUUGCCAUCGUUGACAAAUAUUGUUCGUGGAGCAGUUUGGAUUGUCGAUAACGAGAAUUUGUGUUAUGUGGAUACGGUAGAUUGGACUAAAAUUGCAAACGAGUCAAACACGGAAGGAAUUUUUAAGAACAAACAACAAUGUCCUGACACGUGUUCUCAGGAAUGUCCAAAAUCCGACUUAUAUAACGAUAGAACUUUGUGUUGGAGCAAAGAGCACUGUCAAGUGGUUCCUCAUAUUUCCUGUCCAAAAUGCAAUGGCAGGGCUUGCUUCGGAGAUAAGCAGGACUGUUGUCAUCCACAAUGUCUCGGUGGAUGUUAUGGUCCAAAUCCAAAUCAGUGCCAGGUUUGUAAAGGCGUUGUUGUGAAUAGUAAGAAACCUGGAGAAGGUCCCAUUUGCAGGGAUAAAUGCCCAUCUGGUUUAUAUGAGUAUUUGCAACGACGAUGUGUCUCUUCAUCCGAGUGCCUUAACAUAACAGCAAUUGCUCCAAUUAAUCACCCGUAUAACCCAAGUGGAAAUUUCUCAGGAAAAUGGUACACAAAUAGAGAUGGAACCCAAAUGUGCGUCCUUGAAUGUCCAAAAAAUACAGAAUUAGCACCAAAUGGGACGGCCUGCAUUUCAUGCGAUGGGACUUGUAAGAAGAAUUGUCAAGGACGAACCGUGGACAGCAUUGAAGCCGCGCGUGAUUUAAGCGGAUGCACUAGGAUUACCGGUGCACUAAAAAUUCACAUCAGGAGAAGUUCCUCGUCAACCGUUUACGGAACCAUUGUUAAAGAAUUGAAAGAAAACUUGGACAAAAUUGAAGAAAUUGAUCACUACUUGGCAGUCACUUACACAUAUUCUAUAUACUCUCUUGAUUUCCUAUCUUCUCUCAAAGUAAUUAAGGGACAAGUGUUGGACGACAAAAAGUACGCCCUCAUAGUGAAAUCAAAUGAGAACUUAAUGGAGCUGUGGAACGGAACGGAUGUUGUAAAUCGGAAAAUAACAAUUGAAAACAGAAAUGCUCGAGUUUUAUUUCAUUAUAAUCCAAAAUUGUGUCAAUCAAAAAUUUGGGAAUUUGUACAUCAAGCCGAAAUAAAACCACCCGCUCCGAAUGAUAACAUUGACAUUGGUAUUACAAACGGAGAUAAAGCACCAUGCAAUACAAAAAAGCUCAUGAUUGAAGUCCUUCAAAAAUCCAAUUCGACCGUCAUUAUUAGAUGGGAAAAUUUGCGACGAAAUCUCACCCGUACAAGUCAUUUACUGAAUUAUGAAAUUCAUUACAAAUUAGCCCAUGGCUACCCGCAACAAAAUGAGUCGAAAUUUGAUGAUCGUGACCCUUGUGGUGAUGAUGGUUGGAAUGUUCAAGAACAAGCAAAAAUAAGUGACAACGAGGUCAAAGGAAUAGGAGUUGGAAACGAACCGCGGUGGGAAAACGAGGCAUUGAUAGCUAAUUUGGACCCCUACACUUAUUACGCUUUGUACGUUAAAGCCAUUGUGAUUCAGGACACCGAUUCGAUAAACAACAACACGGGUGCAGAGUCAGACAUUAUCUACUUUCGAACGUAUGCAGAUUAUCCCACCAAACCGGUGAAUGUCAUGUUAGCCUCAAGUGGUCCCGAUAAAAUUACUGCAAACUGGGAACCUCCUUUCAAAGCUAAUGGAGAAAUGAAAUCUUUUAAAAUUUGGAUUAAAAGUGUUCCAGAAAGCCAAUCUCUUCAAGAUCAACGAAAUUACUGUGAACAAAACAGAGCACCAGUUAUCCCUCCCAUUUCAUCAAAAGGAACUGACAGUUUUAUUUCAACAACGUUCGCUCCAAUUUUAUCAGCCACGUCUAAAGAUGCUGAUUGUUGUUCCUGUAGUGCACCGCAAAAAACCUCAUCAAAAGAUCAAAAAAUUAAUAAAGUGUUUGUUGAAACUGAUAUAUUUGACAUUAUUAUGGGCAAUUAUCUGUUUCGAGUUCCAAGUGGAAAUUCGCGUAGUGCCUCUCCAACAUCUCGCCCAGAAGAUGAUCCGACAAUAAAUGAAAUCAGGAAAUCAAGACGACGACGGUCAUCGUCAGUUCGUGAUGAACAUUCUUCAGCUUCCAACGAAGUAACAGAACAUGAAAUUAUUGAAUUUCCUUCCGGAUCAUCACACAAAGAAAUCCUGGAGAAUGAGUUGGCAUCUUUGCCCAUAAACAAGGAGCUCACAUUUCUGAAAGAAAUUCCAUACAAUUCAUCCGUGUUGAAGUACUCUUUUGUAUUGGAUAAUCUAACGCACUACACAACAUACUACAUUGGAAUUCAGGCUUGUCGUGCGAUCGAUCCCAACAUUACUGAAAAUGAUACUCGAACAUGCUCUGAAAUUAUUGACGACCGUGUUCAAACGGCUAAAUCCCCCACGGCUGACAAUAUUGAUCCUCGAAGCAUUUCUUGGAAUGUUACGGAUUCUCAUCGCCUCCAUCUACGUUGGGCUGAACCCUUACAUCCAAAUGGGGUGGUGAUGGCUUACGUAAUCGUUUUACAAAAAGUAGGUGCCAGCAAAGAAGAAUAUUGGGGACGGAAAUGUAUAACACAUGCAGAAUUUAUUAAGAAUGGAAAGAACUAUACAUAUUCGGACCAUUUGUCACCUGGAAAUUACAGUUUAAGGAUUCAAGUGGCUUCAUUAGCUCAAGAUUCAGAGUUUAGCGCAGUACAAUAUUUCUACAUCGAAGAUAUCAAUGAGACUAGUCCUGGGUUUUGGGUAUUGGUGAUCCUACUUCCACUGCUGCUGAUACUCUUGAUUGCUGGCUGUUUUGUGUAUUGGAUAUGGACAAACUAUCCACCGACACAACUUGUUGUUUCUCCAAACCCAGAAUACAUGCCAAAUGUGGAUAUUGCAGAGGAGUGGGAAGUACCCAGGGAUAAAGUUCGCCUCCUCAAAGCACUCGGACAAGGCUCAUUUGGGACAGUUUAUGAAGGGAAGCUUCUUGACUUCAUCGUAGAUCAGCCUGAUCUAUUUUGUGCUGUGAAAACAGUUGCUGAUGAUACCCCUAGCGAAGAAAGAGCCCUGUUUUUAAAAGAAGCAGCACUUAUGACUAAACUAAACUGUAAUCAUGUCGUUAAGCUAUUGGGAAUCGUUUCCAAGAGUCAGCCAAUUUUUGUUAUAAUGGAAUUGAUGGAAAAUGGAGACUUGAAACAAUACUUGCGGUCUCGGCGUCCCGAUAUCGAGAAAAAAGAUACUGCUCCUCCUCCAACUCUCAAGCAAAUUUUGCGAAUUGCUGCAGAGAUUGCAGAUGGAAUGUCAUACAUUCACAGCCAGAAACUAGUACACAGAGAUUUAGCCUGUCGAAACUGCCUUGUUCACCGGAGUUUAACCGUUAAAGUAGGUGACUUUGGAAUGACGAAAGAAAUUACUGAUUACUACAGAAAACAAACUAGAGGGCUGUUGCCCGUCAGGUGGAUGGCUCCUGAAUCUUUACAUGAUGGGGUCUUUACAAGCCAGUCUGAUGUCUGGAGUUUCGGAGUAGUUUUAUGGGAAAUGUCCACAUUGGCUGCACAACCUUAUCAGGGUCUGAGCAAUAGCCAAGUGCUAGACUUUGUACAAUCAGGAAGAGUUAUGGAUAUGCCGGAAAAGUGUCCUCCCAUUUUAUAUGAGUUGAUGUCUGGCUGUUGGCAGUAUGAUCAUCGCCAUAGACCAACAUUUGUCGAAGUUGUAGAGAGGCUGUCACCAUACUUAGAACCAUCAUUUGCUCAAGCAUCUUUUUACCACAGCCCUGAAGGGUUAGAAUACCGAACUCGGGCAUCUCUACGCCCAACAGAAGAGGAACCCGUAACAAUUCGCACUCCACUAAUAGCUACUUUUGAUGUAUCUGACGACGAACUAGAUUAUGACUCUGACGAUGAUCACCAAGGGCUAAGUCAUCAUAUUGUUGACGAUCUAGAAGACAUUUCUUCACGACGUCUACUAAGCAGUACUCCAGUCAAACCACUUGUGGAGCCAAGUACAAGUCCUGCAAACAAAACGCUGAUAGAAAAUGCUGGUGUUGGUUUUCUACCUCUUUCUUUCUCAGGGAAUAAUGGUUCAUUUUUAAAGAACGCAAGCCCUUCUUCAGGAGUGUAUCCCUCUAUAACUGCCUCAGAUCAACCAUCCUCUCUGUUCUCCAACCCUCCGCUUUACACACGUAAUAAUUCGUCCCAACCCCAACCGCCACCAGCACCAACAACAAACUCAAACAACAACUACACUCAAGCUUUAUUUGCCACACCCUCUUCCUUAAGUUCUACUAAUAGUGUCCCGGCCUCAACAUAUUCUAUACCCCUUACUCCAGUAAAAGUUAAUGAAGUAAAACCUAAUAAAAGUCGGCCACCCCCAAGUAGAAGUCCAAUCACUUACACUUCUGUCACACCUGUGAGCCAAAACAACGCAGCACAAAUUUCAACAAGAAGUAAUAGUGGAUCGGGAGCAGAUUCUAAUGAAAGGGAAUCCAAUGAAAGUUCAAAAUCGUUUGGUGUAAAUUGUUCGGGCGAUAGUCAUAAGUUUGGUAAUGGAAGUAGUACAACAGGGGGAAACGGGUAUAUUUUGCCAGCGACGGGGAACCAACGAAAUAACAAGACGACACAGUUUUAGAUAUGUUAUUAUUAUCGGCUGGUUGAAAAGUAGAUUUUAUCAUUUUCCAGUCUUACACUAAAGACACUCUCGCACUGAACUACAAUAGGGUACAAUUGCUAAGAAUCCGAAGCGUACUGGAUGUCCUUAAUUGGGAAUUAUAAAACCAAAAUUGGCAUUACGCACGACUGAUGAAUUCACUUUUGGAGUACUGGAACAUACUCCACUGUUACAUUCGGCACUGUCAGAAAUAUACGUAUUCAUUCAGCUUCCAACAGGUCGAGGAUUUAUUCAAGCUUAAGAUGCACACGAUGCGGAUGAUAUUAUUGUCGAAAUGAAUUGCUGCUAUUAUAGUUACAUGAUGAUUCUUGUACGAUCCUCGUCUGAUAUGAUCUCAGUAUACAUUUAUAUACAUGUAAGUGACUAAAUCGUAUGAAUUUAGAUAAAAUAAUAAUGUGUAUUGGUUUAACUUCAUAAUUAAAUAGUAUAUAAAGAGAUACACAGUUUCAAUUCAAAAUAAAACUGCGAAUCUUUAACUGAUGCGGGUAAUUAUAUUUUUUGGUUGUUAAAAAUAUAACAGUUAGUAAACGAUUAAUUAUUGGUAGGUUGAGUCAAUAAUAACUUUGAAAGGAGUUGGUGGAAAAUUAUAUUUAAAUAUAUAUGCAUACAUACAUAUGUGUCUACUAAUCGACUACAAAGUCAUCCAUUUCAUGUCCGUAGUUUAAACCGGUAUUUAUUAUUCAGCUACAAUAAUUUUCUUGAUUCUGCUGGGCCAUGAACAAGUGAUGAAAUUUAAAAUAAUGUCAUAAGGAAUCUGUACAAGAUGAUUGUAGAUUAUUUAAUGGAUAAUGAUUUUGAAUAUUUCAUAUCUGUUGUCAAUUCCAUGUCGUUCCUUAAAGAGAAAUUUGGUUACUUUUGAUUUAUUAUUCUAGAAUAGUGUGUAUUUAUAUAUACUGCAUAUGUUAUAUAUUCUCGAGUGUACCGGUGGAAUUGCUUUAAUGAAUUGUAAGAUAAGUUCUUAUCAUUAUUUGAACGAAAAAAAAACUUGGAUCUUUUUGAGUGAGACAUUAAAGUUUCAUUCACUACACAGUUGUUGUUGUACAACUUUUAUAGAUUAAUAUAUUACAAGACGAUUAUUAAUUACUAUUCAAACCAGGUACAGAGUUAUAUUUUUUAAAUUAAUAUGAAAAAUAAUAUGAAACAAAAAAGAGUAUUCUAUUAAAAAUUGCAAUCAUUGAAGCAUUACCUCCAGACAAAUAUAUGACGCCUCUGGUUGUUAAUUCUUGUGUACAAAUUAGUUUCGUAAGUUGUAUUUGUAUUACCUAUGUAACUUAAGUAUUGCGUAAAUAAUGCAAUAAUAAAAAAGAUGCUUGUCCAAAAUGAUAAGUAG